AUGAACGAUUGGCCAGCCGACGCCUCGAAUAUUCCUGGCCAGAAUAAUGGCGCAUUCAUCCCUCCCAACAUAGACUCUGCGAAUGCUUUCUUCCAUGCCUCGUCCAAUCCUCCAGACCCUAAUCAGUACCAGCGCAUGUUCAAUGGCGUGCCACACAACGCUUCGCCCGUCUUCCACAACCCCAACCAGGUGAUCCCAUCCAAGCGAGCCCGGCCCGAAGAUGGAAUGCCCAUGUCGCCGCGGCCUGGCCCAGGCACGGGCGUGACCGGGUCCCGAUCACAGACUCCUCAUCAAGUUCCCUUCCCGGGCUACCAGGGUCCUGCGAACGGUACCCAGUUUCCGCAGCAUCCCACACCUUAUCAGCAUUUGCAACAGGGCGCCUCCCCCAGCGUAACGCAGUCGCCCAUCUUACAAGAUUUCGACCAACAGAGCGCACGCAUGGGAACGGCCUCGCCAAGUCCUUACUCUCCUGCCGGUCCGCACGUAGGAAAUUCGCAGAUGUCGCCUUCGCAGCCGGACGCGAGUCGUGUCAACACGCCGCAGAAUGGGCAAUUCAUGGCUGGGCAACCCUAUCCCCAGUCCAUGAACCCGCAAUUCCAGCAAGGGCCUGGUAUGCCUUCUGCGGCGCAGCAAUCUCAGAUGCAAGCUCAGCAAUUUGGCGGAAUGUCUCAUGUACCCCAAAAUUACCACCAAGCCAUCGCGCAACAACAGCAGCGACUCCGACAGAUGCAGAUGCAGCAGAACCAACAGAUGAAUCCAAAUUUGAAUCCUCAAAUGGGUGGUCGCCCCGCUGUUCCGAGUGGCAUGAAUCCCAUGGCCUCCAACUCCCAGCAAAUGGCUGCAAUUCGCCAGCUGCAACAGCAGCACCAGCACCAGCACCAGCACCAGCAGAACAUGGGCAAGCCGAACAACCCGGAGAUGUUCACGCGAACGUUACAGAAAUUCAUGAUGUCACGAAAUUUGCCAUUCGACCCUAACCCGAUUGUCAGCGGUCGCCCAAUUGCCGUAAUGCAACUGUACGGAACAGUGAUGAAGAUGGGAGGUUCAAAAAAGAUAACUGCUAUGAACAUGUGGCCCAUGGUCGCGCAGCAACUGCAGUUUCCUCCAGGGCAGUUCCCGAUGGCUCCACAGGAGCUCCGAGAGUAUCACCAAAGGAACCUUGCUCCAUAUGAGCAGGCGUAUUUCCAAUCUCAGUCUAAACAGUAUGCCGAGAUGCAACACCAGCAACAACAGCAACAGCAGCAACAGCAACACCAGCAGCAGCAGCAGCAGCAGCCUCAUCAGCCGCAACACCAGCCGCCUCUUCCCCAUCCUCAGCAGCACCUUCACCAGCAGCAGCAGCAGCAGCAGCAGCCACAACAUCCACAUGCCCCGCCACAUCAUGUGGGAGUUCAACGUCAGCCAAGUGAUCCCUCAUUGAUGCAGUUCCAAUCACCUCAACCUAAGCAAGGACCGAGCUUUGAACCUUCUCACGCGCCGAUUGCGAAUACCCCUCAAACAAACACUCCCAUCUCCACGAGCGCCCAUGCGACGCCGAGCAAUGGCUUCGCCACACCAACUCAGCCCAGAGGCCAGAGUAAGCCACCUCAACCUGGACACCGAUUGAGUGUGUCACGGCAGUCACUUCCACCAGCACCCCCGCCUGAUGCUACAGCCCAAUUUGCUGCACCAUCUCCGUCUCAGCAGAGCAAAGCCUCCGUGACCCCGGUGCCACAGCCGGUACAGCCGCCAGAACCUGUUCCGGAGCAAGUAUUCAAGCGACCGAUCGAAGACCCCUUCAGACCCAUGAUUGUCAAUGAACAGCGGUUACAUGGCCCUAUUCAGGUCGAUGAUUUCUUCCACAUCGGCGAGGAAAUAUCAGCACUGCGGCCGACAGUCCCAAGUUUUGCCGAGUUGGGUAUCGUGGACAUUCACGCAUUGACCAUGAGCCUGAAGUCCGGCAUUCAUGCGGAAAUCCGGCUAGCUCUUGACACUCUCAUCACGAUCUCAAGCCAGCCUAGCAUUCAAAUCUCCCUCGACAACACCGAGGAUUUAAUAGAGAGUCUGGUGGACUGUGCUGAUGAACAAGCCGACUUCUUGUCCGAGCACAUCGAAGAAGUGAGCGAACAAAUCUGUCUGCGUUCGUACGAAGAUGUCACUCGCGGCUGCCAGUUUGAGCAUACUGCACUUGGAAACGUCUAUGAAUUCGGGAGCAUUGAAUAUGAGUUAAACAGCGCCAUAGACCGCUUGAUUUGCAUCACCACGAUUCUUCGGAAUCUGUCAUUCAGCGAGUCCAACUUCGAAUCUCUUGGUAUACCAGCUGUCACGCAGUGCCUUGCGAAUAUUUUCAGGAAUAUCGGUACCCGCGAUCGCUAUUUGCGCACCGAUCAAAACCUUCUGGAUUUCAUGAAAGAUGCUGUGAUAUUUAUGAGCAAUCUGGCGCAUAUGAUGCAGGUUCCGGGCAAGGAGGAGGCCUUGAGCCUAUUGCACUUUCUGCUGGCGUUUUCACCUUCCCCAGGCCCCUGUGAAAUCAAGCCAGGCCAGAUCCUAUUUGCAGCUUUCAAUCCCUCGGUUCAUCGUUAUACACCUGCCGCUGUAGACGGACUCGCAAAAUUGCUGGCAAGAGACGACCCAAAUCGGCUCUUCUUUGGGGCUAUCUUUUUGGGCGACGGCUCUGCGGCUUCCCAAAAAGACCUCCUGACCCGGGCAUUCGGCCUCGCAAUUUGCGCCAUCCCAGAUCGGCGACCCCUAGCAGUUGCAGACGCUCGCCUCGUCUUUCUCAUGCAAGGUCUCCUGGCAGCUGAUGUCCUAACGACGUUUGCUGACGGGGUCCUCGCCAAGCAAUGGCUCAAUUCUGUUGACGGUUUUGCCGCCCAUCUUUUGCGGGUGUCCUGCUUGUUGUGUACGGAGCGUCUCUCGACUAUCAAUCCACGUCAAAACAGGCAGGCUGAGACGGAAGCAUUCGCAUACAGCUCGAUUAUUCACCGCGGACUCGGUAUUCUGAGGCGACUUGCCGAGAAGUCCAAGCAAGUUGAUGGCUCCUCGCCGCUUCGACUUCCCUCAGGCAUACUCCCCAGCAAAGAAAGCUUACUUGGGGCAUUGCUGCUGGCGAACAUGGACCCAGCCAUUAUCCGCCAGCUUCUCACUUACGCCAAUUUGGCCGAGUAA